AUACAGAGUGACAGCUGCUGAAUGUGAUGUGAAGGUCAAGGUUAUUUCAAUCAAACAGCUGCCACAGAUGACCAUAAGACUACAGUAAAGGCCAGUAGAGAUCUGUCACAUCAAGUUACAGGAAUUAACUUGGAUAGUCUAGAUGACCACAACAGUAUGGCCAGUGGAGAGGAUAGUCUAGAUGACCACAACAGUAUGGCCAGUGUAGAGGAUAGUCUAGAUGACCACAACAGUAUGGCCAGUGGAGAGGAUAGUCUAGAUGACCACAACAGUAUGGCCAGUGGAGAGGAUUUAUCAAAAUAUUUUACAGGUACACAUGAAGUACAAGAAUGUCUUGAAGGUCAAGGUGAGGUAGAUCUACACACACACCUGGCAAACUGUGAGAAAAAUCCUGGCCAUACAAACUUUGUACCUGUAAAUCAGUUAAGUCUUGAACAUUUACCUUCUGGUUACCAUGACAACGACCUGUAUGACCUCACAAAAGCCCUGGCUGACAUAACUGUCAGGAUAGCCGUUAAGUUGACCAGUCCAGACAGACCAGAGUUUGUACCAGGCACUAAAGAUCCAUAUCCUUGCUACAACAUCAGGGGACAGAACUUACUGAGGACAGGGACUGGGAGGGUGUGGGAGGUGAUCAAGUACACAGAGGGGAUGUGGGGCUACAGAACUUGUCCAUGUCCUGAAUGUGACCACUCGGACACACCCAGCAAAGUGUGGUGGAAGGUUGAGGUGGUGACAGCCAGACAUGUGGUUUUUGAUUCAAGUGAGGCGAGACAGUCCAGCUGUAGGUUGUGGUUUGAUGAUGAUAAAAGUCCAGUGGUCAAGAUUUAUGGGUGGGAGGUGGGUGUGUCAGACACUGAGGGAGACGGGUGUGUGUUGUGUUGUGUGACACAUGACGUAGAUGUAGCUGGUAAACUGGAGGAGAUGGUGAGGGGGUUUGAUGGUCUAUGUGAUAAAGUAAGGGACAAAUACAAGAGACGUAGAGAUGUGGACAAGCUGACCAUUAUAGUGUCACAUCCUCAUGGCUGUUCUAAGCAGGUCUCUGUAGGUCACUGGGUGGACAGGCAGAAGGUGGGUAGACAGACCAGGUACACGUACACAACGUCCACCUGUCCUGGUAGCAGUGGGGCUUGGAUCUACAGACUGGGGUGUGGCUGGUCUUACCAUCCCCACAGUGGAGCUAAGUCUGGUGGAUUAAAUUAUAGUGGGAUGUGGUGGGACUAAGACUUGUAGUUGUCUGCUCUUGUAUAGAAUGUAAACAAACAUGGCGCCUGUUGGAUGUCUGUCUUUUCUAGAAUGUAAACAAACAUGGCGCCUGUUGGAUGUCUGUCUUUUCUAGAAUGUAAACAAACAUGGCGCCUGUUGAAUGUCUAUCUUUUCUAGAAUGUAAACAAACAUGGCGUCUGUUGGAUGUCUGUCUUUUCUAGAAUGUAAACAAACAUGGCGCCUGUUGGAUGUCUGUCUUUUCUAGAAUGUAAACAAACAUGGCGCCUGUUGAAUGUCUGUCUUUUCUAGAAUGUAAACAAACAUGGCGCCUGUUGAAUGUCUAUCUUUUCUAGAAUGUAAACAAACAUGGCGUCUGUUGGAUGUCUGUCUUUUCUAGAAUGUAAACAAACAUGGCGCCUGUUGGAUGUCUGUCUUUUCUAGAACGUAAACAAACAUGGCGCCUGUUGGAUGUCUGUCUUUUCUAAAAUGAAAACAAACAUAGCGCCUGUUGGAUGUCUGUCUUUUGUAGAAUGUAAACAAACAUGGCGUCUGUUGGAUGUCUGCUCUUAAAAUAUUUCUUGACAUUAUUGUAGAGCUUUAUUAAACUUUUAAUUAAUUAUCUCGUUAUUUUUAUCAGAGAAAAAGUUGUUGAUUGUUUGAUUGGGAGUAAAGGAAUAAAAAUGUCACAAAUUUUGUUGUAAAUAUAAACGUAAAUAAAGUUUUAAAUCAACUCGUU